CCGAGUCUUUAAAAAGAAUCGUUUUUACCGCCACGGAAAUGAGGUUUAUGUGAACAGUUGUCGCACAGUGUCGACGUAACGACUCGUUAUGGCGACUGAAGGCGCGGAAGCGUUCGGCGACAACGGGGAAUUUGCACAUUCCGGAUGUGAAGCCCCUGAGGUCACUAACUUUCCCCAGCCUGACGUAGGGAUAUCUGAAGACAUAGGAGGAACAGACAUGGCAGAUCCAUCGUUAGCCUACAACGCACAUCCAAUGACUGGAGAAGAGGAAACGGAGGAGAGAGAAAUGCCAGUGGAUUUUGACAGACAGUGGAAACUGGUGAAUGACAACCCACAGGAUUUCAACAGCUGGACCGAUUUAUUACAGUACUGUGAACAAGAGGGUCAUUUGAAAGCAUCUCGCCAGGCCCUGAGUGCAUUCCUGGCUAGAUACCCGCUCUGCUACGGAUACUGGAAGAAGUUUGCAGAUUUGGAAAGGCGAGCAGGACACAAUGACAAGGCUGAGGAGGUGUGUGUGCAAGGACUGACGGCAAUCCCUCUCAGUGUGGAUCUGUGGAUACAUUAUAUUAACCUCCUGCUCGGCACACUGAAUAUGAACCUUCCUGAGUCGACACAGCGUAUUCGCAGUGUGUUUGAGGAUGCUCUCUCUGCAGCGGGCUGGGACUGGCACUCAGACCGCCUGUGGGAUCUGUACGCCGAGUGGGAGAAAGAACAAGGAGACCUGAGAGCCAUGACUGCAGUCUAUGAGCGUGUGAUGACAGUUCCCACCCAGCUCUACAGAACCCACUAUGAAAAAUUAAAGACCUGUAUAACAUCAAAUCCCCUUCAGGAUGUCCUGAGCCCCGAGGAAUAUGAGAAGGUGCAGGCUGAGUACCAGCAGAAUCAGAUCCAGGCUAAGAAAGAGGAAUCCGACACUACAGCUGGUGAGGAGGAAGACGACAGGCCGCCCGGGGAGGACGAUCCCGCAAAUGAUGGCAAAGAUUCGGAAGAGGCAGUGCAGAAAAUGCGGGAGCUGGUUUUGGCCAGUAGAGAGGAAAUAUUUCAGCAGAAUGAGGCUGAGGUCAGGAAGAGAUGGAAUUAUGAAGAUGCGAUUAAGAGGCCAUACUUCCAUGUGAAACCUUUGGACCGGACCCAGCUGACCGCAUGGCACACGUACCUGGACUGGGAAAUAGCUGAAGCUCAGGCAGCACAUGCGGUCACUGAGGGGAUGGAUGUGGAAGGACAGGAGGCUUCAGAGGUCAAAGAGGGCAUCGCUGGCCAUAGGAGAGUGCAGAUUCUAUUUGAGCGCUGCCUCAUUGCCUGUGCCUUCUAUGAGGAGUUCUGGGAUAAGUAUGUGCAUUAUCUAGAGCCACGCAGUCUGGAGGAGUCACGCAGCGUAUAUCGACGUGCCUGUGAAAUCCAUCUGCUAUACAAACAUAGUUUUCACUUGCAGUGGGCCAUGUUUGAGGAGCAACACGGCAAUAUCUCUGAGGCACAGCGUAUCCUAGAAACUCUAGAGAAAGCAAUGCCUGGUCUGGCCGUGGUGCGGCUCCGGAGGGUGGGGAUAGAGAGGAGGACUGGUCAUCUGGAUAAGGCGGAGUCAUUGCUAAAGGAGGCAGUUGAGGAGAAUAAAGACAAGCCACACCUUCAUGCCUUUUACUCCAUUAAACUGGCCCGCUUUCUUCACAAAUUAGGCAAGAAUGCAUCACGGGCUCGCGCCGUGCUGCAAGAGGCCAUCGAGAUUAGUCCAGACAACAGCAAGCUGUAUCUGAAUCUGCUGGACCUGGAGCUAUCUGGGGACCUGCGGCUCAACGGAGGAGGAGUCCAGCAGUGUGUGAGCAAAGCUUUAGCUGCACCUCUCUCAUCAGAUAGCAAGAUUCUCUUCUCCCAAAGAGGCCUGCAAUUUGCUGAAGAUUUUGGGAGCACAGUGCAAAGUGUGCUGAGUAUCUACGAGGAACACCAGAAACUUCUGAAUGAUCUUGGCGCAAAGAAACGUGGAGCAGAGAAUGGUGAUAACGAGGAUCCGGAGAAAAUAAGUAAAAUGGAUGAUGGCUCUGCUACAGCAACAUCUCAGCAAGCUGCCCCACCUACCAUGCCCCCCGUUCCUCCUCCUCCAGUGAUGGGUGGAGAUAUGAGUGGGUAUGGAAACUAUAGCAACUGGUAUCAGCAGCAGCAGUAUGGAGGAUAUGGUGCCUACUCCAACCCCUGGAACCAGUACAGUCAGUACUACCCUCCCAGUUAGGAGCCAGAUGGGUCUUGUGUGCAGCACCACUUUUUAAUGUAUCUGACAUAGAACACGUUUCCCAUGAGUCAGAGGGUAUAUAAUAUAUAUGAGCUGAGUAACUUUUUUGACCACAGAUCUGCUCAUCUCAGUGCUUUGACGGACGGCUAAUUUCCAACAAUUAAAUCAUGUCCCAAUGCUUCUGGAAAGAUUUAGAAAGAUUCAGGUUGAAUUAUAUCUGCCUUUUAAACAGUGGCACUCUGUGGAGUACAUCUUUUGUCUUUAGACUGGAAAAUUUUAACUUGUCAGAAUUGAACAGUCCGCAUCAGGCCAUCUGAGCAGUAAGCUAGCUUGUGUUAAUCGUGUGCGUGUGAGAACUCAUGUCCUAUUUGGACAGAACACAGUUUGUUAGUCAUGGUUUCGUAGCUCACCACUGACUGCCCUUACUCCAGUGGUUCUUAUCCCUUUUCUGCUCAGCUAUGACUCUGCUGCCCUGAAUAAUAAUUACAGCAACCUCUCUUUCUCCAACUGCAUUAAAAGCAUUUUCUUUGUAAUGUUACUGCAGUCACAGCUGCCACACCUAGCAUUUUUAUAACGAUCAUACAUGAUAUCGGUCAACAGAAUUAAACCAAAAUCUGUGUAUUUUGCCCACUGAAGAAAUACUGAGCAUGUAAGAAAUUUAAUAGAAGAAAAAGUUGCAUUAAAAAAAGCCAUUUUAGCCUUUAAUUUGAUAUGUUAUAUGUGCAGUGUUGUGCAAAGAGAUUUUUUUUGUUUAACCGUCUAUUAAUACCAUCAUUCACUAAAACGGAAGAGAUAUUCUAUUUUAAGACCAGCUUCAUGACGCCAUGAAAAUUCACUGCAACACCCAUAUUGUACGCAUAAGCUUUACUUAAUUCCAGGUGCUGUUUGUUUUUAUAAUAUGGUAAGAUUUGAUUAUGCCGUUUUUACAGAACUGUUCGUCGUUUCUGCAUGAUACCACUGCACAGGACAGUCUUGAUGUAUCGUGGUGGUCAGAGAACAUCCUUAGCAUUUUAUAAUUCUUCAGACACAUCGUGUUUCCUUCUUAAUCUCGAGUGGUGUGAGGUGAAAUUUUCCGAACAUGAAAAGUGAUAGUGUUACAGAAAGAAGUCUAACAGAAAUAUAUUUAAUGGACAUGCUUUGUGUAUAUGAGGUGCAGCUCACAUGUUGUGUACAAGGGUUUGUUUUAUAUACGUUGUUCUGUGUAAAUGCCCAGGAAACUUUACCCCCCCAAGAAUGUUUACUUGCAUUUGUCCUUUUUAUGCCAUUUUUUUUUUCAUGAAUAAAUAUGUCUAUUUUAAAAAUGUUUGCUUGGCAUCUUUAAGGUAACGUAUUCAUGAUCGAUUGCUUUCUCAGACUGUAAUGGGUAAGUACAUU